AUGGUACUCAGAUCCAAGCUUCCAAAGUGGCGACGAAUUGAAAGGAAACGUAAUGAACUGGGAGAUUUUGGCGGAAAAGAAAGAGCUCAACUACGGCAGCAACUGCCCGAAGAAUGGAAACUAUCCGAUAAAACUGUGGCGGCACUCAAAGCAGAACCAAAUGAUCUGAUAAAAACCUGGAUACUCUUGCCCAGAGACGGAAAUGCUGUUACCCAUUCCACCUUGCUGCAGUUGCAGAGCAAUAUUCAAAACCGAAAAUGGACGAGUUAUGAUGUCACAUUAGCCUUCUGCCAUCGUGCUGCACUGAUCCAUCAGGUAGUUAAUUGUUUAUCUGAGAUAUGUUUCAAAGAUUCUUUAGCAACCGCUAAGAAGUAUGAUGAAAGUAGACCGGAUUGUUUACCGCCGCUAUACGGCAUUCCAAUUUCUGUGAAGGAUCAAUGUAAUGUAGAAGGGUUAGACACAACAUUGGGAUACUUAGGUAAAUCAUUCAAACCCAAGACACGGAAGAUGGAGUCUUUGAUAGUGUCAUUGCUCAGAAAUGCGGGCGCAAUUAUAUAUGUGAAAACCACUGUACCGUCUUCCAUGAUGGCAACAGAGACAUUUUCAAACACCUUUGGAUACACCUACAACAGUAUUAAUAUGCGGUUCUCUACAGGAGGCUCAAGUGGAGGCGAGGGUGCACUGAUAGCCGCGCAUGGAUCUGUGCUUGGGUUGGGGACUGAUAGUAGGGGGUAUAUAAGGAUCCCUGCUAGUUACCAUGGCAUAUUUGGUUUGAAACCGAGUACAGAGAAGGUUCCUUACCUGAGGAUUGAUAACUCUUUUGAAGGUAGAGAAGUAAUUCCUAGUGUAAUCGGCCCUUUAGCAAGAAAUUUGGACGACUUGAGAUACUUUAUGGAUCUGGUUGCCAAUAAUUUCAUGCCUUGGAAGUACGAUGUAAAGUGUAAACCGUUUUUCUUCAGUUGCAAAGAUAAGCAAUUUGAAAGGGAUUAUGUUGUUGGAAUUCAGUUUGAGGAUGGAAUGAUAACACCCCCACCAAGCGACAUCAGAGCUCUAAAAUUAUGUGAAGCAGUAAUCAAUGAAAUGGAAGGCUUCCGAACCAUUAGAUGGGAACCUCCCACAGAGUUGAACGAAAGGAUGUAUAAUCUAGCCUUCGAAACGGAUAUGGCUGACGCAGGCUGUGAGAUCAAAUCAGAAUUCGAUGCCACUGGGGAGCCUCUACUAGACAUCCUGAAACCAAUUGUGCUUGAUGACCAGUCCAAACAGUACACAGUUAAUCAAUGGUGGAACCUGAGUAAAAGGAUAUCCGAUGCAAAACAAGAGUACAGGGACUACUACAACAGUUUUGAAGAAAACGAUAGGCCCAUUGUAAUUAUCAGUCCGUCCACUCUUAAUGCGUUUAGACCUGGUGAUAUGCUAAAGACGACUCUGAAAUAUAUUCUGUUCGUCAAUCUCUUGAAUUUCCCAUCUCUAUCCCUGCCAAUUAGCUCAAUCAACUCUCUGACGGAUGGCAAACAAGACUGUUCCAAAGCACUCAACCCUGAAGACAAAAUGCUAAUGGAUUAUUGGAAUAGCCUUAUUGAUUCUGGUGAUAUGGAAAACUUUCCAAUCUGUUUACAGGUACUGAGCCCCACUUUUGAUGACAAUGAGGUUUGUAAGUUUGGUGCCUUACUGUCGGAAAAGCUUACAAGUCUAUAA